GGACCUGUGAUUUAAUUCGUCUUGGAGAAUGGGAUCUGUCAUCAAAUGAAGAACCAUGCUGCCAACAAGAUUACCAGGCAACAAAAAUUAUCAAGCACCCUGGGUACAAUUCUGAGACGAUGGAAAACAAUAUUGCAUUGAUAAUACUAGACAGGAUUGUUCCAUUGGCAGCGAGCCCGCAUAUCAACACUGCUUGCUUGUCUUCAUCAACUCCAUUAUUCGGAAGAUGCUGGGUUGCCGGGUGGGGUGGCAGCCAGGAAUUGACACCAGGAACUACCAAGAGAUUAAGAGAUGUCAACAUUCCUAUUGUGAAUCGUGACGCCUGCCAGCAAUCAAUUCAAAAUAUUCUAGGCGAAAUUUACGAACUGCCUGGAAGCAUUUUGUGUGCCGGUGAAGGAAUAAUGGAUUCUUGCAUGAUCGACAGAGGCGCUCCAUUAGUUUGCAAAUCAUCUUCAGGAAAAAUGGAAGUCGUAGGAUUGGUUUCGGCUUCUACUGGAUGUCAACUAAAUAUUCCAAGUCUUUUUACUGAUGUCAGUAAUUUUACUUCUUGGAUUCAUCAACAAGUUUUUGAGCAUUAUUAAAUUAUCGAAUUGGAUAUUGAUUUUUCUUGGAAGAAGAAAAUAAGUUACACUUUUAAUAAUC